CUUGAUUUUUUUUCUCUUUCCAUAGAAGAACACCAAAUCUAUUUCAUGAGAGUUUUCUCGGGGUUUGCAGGCUGUUCUUUUGGGAUCUGGCCUGUCGGCCAUGCUCGUCGUUUGUUGAUGCUUCCACAAUCUUCCAACAGCAGUGCAACAUAAGCGAGGCAAACUAAAGAAAGCGAAACACCCAUCAAUCGAAUCCAGCAGUAACAAACUUAGCACGACAGAAAAGAUGAAGUUCAGACGCAAGACAACCAAAUCAGCUGUUGGCCUCGCUUGCUUGUUGCUCAUUUCCACCCCGACCGCCGAGGCACGAGUCCGGGGCACUCGUCGAAGUCGAAGCCUUGUCAACCCAGAGCCCAUCAUAGCAACAAUUGCAUCCCAUCCGGACAAUCCGAAACCUCCGGCAUCUGCGGAACCACAUAUACUCAACGCGCAGAUCCAGGCAGAAGCAGGUGUAGAAGCAGAAUUAAACUCGCUUGAACAGAAACCCCUGCCAUCCCGAGACGAGGUCCUCCACGGAAAGGACACACCGGUCCACGGGGCUCCCAACGCGCUCCGCAACAAGAACCUGCACGGCAGCACGAGAUUCGUUUGCGGCAACCACAGCGGCGGCAAUGGCUGCGUACAGCAUCCCCACAGGCUCCGCAAUCGUUCGGAUUCGAAGACGAACUCGCAUUUGUCGCAGUCGUCCUUCCUGGGGCAGCGCGUCGAGGAGGCAGAGACUCGACAUCGGCAAUGGGUAUUGAAACAAAGGAUGCGGACUCCAAAAACAUCUAGGACGACACGGACAUCGGCCGGUCGCCACGAAUAGUGAUCGAAGGAAAAGCAAAGAACCCUCGAAGGAAACGCUAUUGAAACAGAGCUAUAGGUCCAAUUGUUCUAGGGACGAGAGUGGUUUGUUAUUUUCUUGCAAUACACAGCUUCCUACCACAGCAGUAGAUGUCAGAAAUGUUUCACUAACAAAAUCAUUGCUUAAUAGAAAACAAAAAACAAU